UUCUGAGAAUAUUGCCUUCAGUCCGGUGACCACGAAGAGGAAAGCAGAAGAAGAAGUUGAUGCUCUGACAGUCAUAGAAGAAGACGAGUCGAGUCGAUGAAGAUGUCUUUGAAUUGGUUUUUCUUUCUGUUGCAGUUCACAGGCGUUCAUGGGAAACAUCUGCACCUGGUGGUCAGGGUGGGGGAGGAAGUGACUCUGCCCUGUGACCGUCGGCUCCAUCGUCACCCUGGCGACAGCCUCUGGUUAUUUAGAGCCGAACCACGGGCCCAGGCCGCGGUGCUGGUCAGCCGCGGGGUCACUGGUGGACACAGCGGAUCUGGACUGAACUUCACCCAGGAGUUUUCUCUUGUUAUCCAGCAGGUGGCAGUAAAAGAUGCUGGCCAGUACACCUGCAAGUUCUCCGACACAUCAGGACAUAAUCAAAGUAUUCCAGUGUAUCUGUCUGUCAUAAGCAUUAGCGCAGAUACAGAGACGUUGAUGUGCUGCGUGUACUCUUACCAUCAUCACUGUGGUCACACUGUGGAGUGGCUGAAGGGGGGGGCAGAGGUUGGAGGUCAGACAGCGCAGACCUCCUGCUCCUCCACCCUGACCUUCCAGACUCCUCUGACUGCUCAGGACCGCAGCUCCUUCACCUGCAGAGUCGGGGAUUCUGGCAGCAGCGACUUCCUGCUGUGUGACGUCGCCUCUGGUUCCUGUGUGAAAACCGCUCCAUCUCAUUGGCGGAUGUACGUCCUAGUGGCCGUGGCUGUCAUAGCGGUCUUGGCGGUCUGUGUGGGACUCAGGAGAUUCAGAGGUGCCCGAACCCAAACAGACGACAGCGCGGUGGAGAUGAUGAUAAAGACAGAUGACAAUGAUGAAGUUGAUAACGUCAGUCACUGAAAUCGUCGCCUCCUGUGAUUGGACGGUGGCCAGAAGACUCACUGUCAUUCAGUUACAGCAGCUGCUCUUCUUCUUCAUGAAUGUUCUGGAAUUGUCUUUGUUCAAAAAAAAAAAAAAUCAUAAAACAUGAACGACUUCAGCAAACACCUCCACUAGGGGGUGUUGAUGAGAGAUCUUUUCAUUCAUUUAAUUGUUUUGUUUUUUAUCUGGAACUUUAUGCCGUGUCUUUUGGUUAUUUUCUCCCCCACUCUCCCCCGUCCUCCUUCGUUUUUUUAUUUGUUUUUUUUUUACUUUUUUGUUUUCUGGUCUUUUUGUCCAAAUUCAACUGUCAAAUUCACUUUUCUUAAUUCAUUUUGUAUCUGGUUGGUAUGUUUUUGACUUUUACCUAAUAAAUAAAGCCACAAGUACUUCACCAAGUGACAACA